AUGCAAUUUAUUGCAUUAAUAUGUUUGGCGUAUUUAGUGCUACCAGCUAUAUUUGCCGAAGACGUCAGUUAUCAGGCAUGUGUUGACAAGUAUUCAAGAAAAGGUUACCAGCCGUGGCAGGAGUGGUCGGAUCAUUACACAUGCCACCGUUACAGAUGCGAAAUACGAGAUGGGAAAUACUUCAUUGCUGCCGUCGGGUGCCGUAAACCUAAAAUUCCGGAAAAUGCUUUAGAAUGUCACGAGUAUAUUGAAGAUGAAAAUGUUGAAUUUCCGACAUGCUGUGCGAGAUUGCGCUGCGUUGUUGAAGUAAACGGUGAAAGAAUAGUACAGACUAGAGGACAGCCUGGAGAACUAUUCCCAGACAAACCAUGGAAAGGCCAGCAAAACGAACCUAGCCCCGCAGUCGUAGGCAUGGGCAGUAUUCAACAAAACACCGUCGGUGGUGAGGCGCAGAGUCAAUCAGCUCCUGGAAUUUUCAACGGCAGAGGCGCAGGCAAGCAAACGGAUGGCAACGAUAUUAGCGGACGUCGCUUCGUGGACCCAUAUCCCAGCCAGCAAAUGCAAGAGUCGCCCCGAAGGAAGAGAUCUACCGUCUACCCUUUGUUUGACAGAGGAGUAUUACGCGAAGGAAAUUCGUACCAACCUCAUCAAGUAAAAAUCCAUGGAUAUUCCCCGGAAAGAUACACUUCAUACUUUUCGAAUAAUAUCAAAAGCCUCACUAAUCCAAAAACUCACAUUAACCACAAUUAA